AUAUUUUUAUUUAAGCGUCUUUUAAUAUGGGUACAAACAAUAAACUAACAACAAAUGGGGAGAGGACAACAGCUAUGAUAUGUUUCUUUACAGGUGUAGCAGCUGUACUAAUGGGUUAUUCAAUCUAUUCACAUUUAAAGACAAUUCAUGAUCGCAAUGUAGCACCUAAAAAAAGUUCAAAUAAAGCAGGAUUAAGACUUGAGGAUUCUAUUCGUCUAAAGUCUUUAGCAUAUUUAACACAAUCAAAUAAUGUCAAUAUACAAAGCAGUUCUGUCAAGAUAAUAUUAGAAAGAGCCAUGUCACCUACUUAUCUACCAAAAAUUAUCACUGCAUGCAGUAAAGAUCAGCCAAUAGAAAUCAGAUCAAAAGCACUUCCUGCCUUACAAUUAUUAACAAGAAAAGAGAAUAAUAAGGCUGUACUGAUAGCAGAAGGAGCAUUAGAAGUACUAGUGGAUGCAUUAAAAUGUACAGAUCCAAAUAUGAAAGAAGUUACAAAAAGAUAUGCUGCUGUAGCUGUAUGUGAUUUAAUUCAAGGAAGCGAUAUAAAUAAGUAUCGUAUUUUAGAAUUAGGUAUAUUAGAAUCAAUUAAACAAAUUCUGACUUCGGAAGAAAUUCGAAAUAAUGAAUUAAAAUAUUGGACAUUAAUGAUUUUGUAUCAAAUAUCAUUAAGUGAUCCUUUACCUAAAGUAUUGACUGAAAACGAGUUUGUUAGUUUAAUAGCAAGAAUGGCACGUAUGACAUAUGGUAAUACAAAUAUGCCAAAAUUCUGUAUGCAAAGUCUUGUUCGAAUUGCUGCCAAUGUCGAUGUAAACGAAGCGAAGAAAGUUUUGACAAAGCUUUUAGAAUACAAUAUUGUUGAUUUGAUAUCGAACUGUCUAAGAGGAGAUGAUGUUGAAUUAAUCUACUGGGCUGCAGGAUUAAUGCAUGAAUUUGUCUUAAAGGAUAUAGCUGCUGAUAAAUUUAGAGAAAUUAAGGGCAUUCAUACUAUUAUGGCUGGGCUGUUAUCAGCUGAAGAAAUGUAUAUUUCUCGUGUCAUCUUAAGAACAAUUAAGUUUAUGGCAUAUGGACAGGAUAAAUUUCGACGAGAAAUGGUAAGAUCUGGUAUGGUCAAGAAAAUUAUGCGCUGUCUUUCAUUGGAUGAUGAAGAUGUACGUUAUUGGUCUAUUUUAUGUAUUCAUGUUGUUGCUGGACAAGUUGAAUCACAUGAAGAUAUUAUUACUGCACCUGAAUUUGAGAUUUUGUUGGAAUUGGCAUUGUCAACUAAGAUAAAGGUGGCUAUAUUUGUCUCAGAUAUUCUCUCAUUAAUAUGUUGUAUUUCAAGUAACAACACAUUUAUGGAACCACACAUUACGCCCAUUGUUAAGACACUAAAUGCAUUAUUAUUAGAAGACGAGCUUGAUGUUCAAUAUAAUGCAGCUGGAGCAAUAUUUAACGUGAUGACGAUGACGUUUGCCUUUGCUAGUAAAGUGCGUGAUGCAUGCUUUGAAAAUUUGAUUCUUGUCAGCAAAAGAGCUUCACAUGAGAGAGUUCAACUUAUUUGUGCAAAAGGAGCAUUAAUGGUGACCAUAAAAAGUCGCUUUUUAAUACCUAAACUAAAUCAGCGAGUAACCGAACCUCUUAUGGAAACUAUUAAUACUAUAGUUCGAUCUAUCUUACCAGUGCUAAUGUCACAGACACUGGUACGAAUAACAAAAAAGAAUACAAGUCCUUCAGCUUCUAGUUCCAGUAUUCACGAUGAUACAAUAGAUGACAGCGAUUAUGAUGAUAAAAAUCUGGAAAAGGAGAAAUUAUCACUAGAAAAUGACUAUGAGGAUGAGGAUGAAGGAGCAGAGACCUUUUUAUGUUCUCCCGAAUAUAUCGAUAUUACUGAUCAAGGCACUAUUUCAAAUGCGUCUCGUUUAGAGCAUGUUCUUAAAAAUCGUGAAAAAGCAAGUCAAAAAACUGCAAACAAGGAUGAUGACGAUUCUUUUAAUAUUGACUCGACUAAGCUUGAUAUCUCUCAUAUGUUUGAUACCGCGGUACCCUAUAAUGAACGUGAAGAAUUGUUGAUGAAAUAUGAAUUAUCUACAGCAACUAGAAAUCAAUUUGUGGGAAGCUUAACUACGCUGAAUAUUCUGUUGGAAAAUGAAAAGAUAGUUACUAAUUUAAUGACUGAGGAGGAAUCAUUUUUAAAUUUUCCUUCGUUGGAUGUAGGGGAUAAUAUUUUAACAGAUAUUGAUGAUGUCGCUGCUACUAUCUAUAAUGAAGAUUCGGCAAUGAACAAUGAUUGUAAGGAUACAAUGAAGGAAUCUAGUAAUACUACAACGGCAUCAUUUCGAAGUUUAAUUAAAGAAUCACCCGAAUUCAUAUUACCAAAACAUAUCUACCAGCUAACUACUAAUCUUGUCUAUCUAUGUGCAACUCCUGCACUUGAUGUAUGGGCUGAAAUAUAUUAUGAAAAAUAUCCAUUAGAAAUAAUUAAUGAAUCAAGGAUAAAUGGAAUGUAUAAUGAUUUAAUAGAUUGGAUUUGCUCUUGUGCUAAGCUUUUUGAUCACGAUAAAAAAAAAUCGUCAUCUAAUAAAAACCAAUCCCAUACUAGUGACUCCAGCAUCAACUUGGAUGAAUCUAGUAGUAUAGGAAUUUAUUCGCAACAAAAAAAUAAACAACAGCAAAAAGAGGAUAGAGACGAUAGCUUAGGUAAUCAUGAUGAAAAUCAAUCUGUUAAUUUGCACGUUAGAAAGGCUGAAUUAGGCACAGGACAACUUGGAGGAGAAAUAAGAAGAAAGGGCUUAUUAAAUAGAGCUUUAAUUCUAUUAAAUUCACUUAUGCAUUAUGCUUUUAUUCGAAAAUUUUUGAUAGAAAAUGCUAGUAUUAUUCCUAUUUUGAUUUACUUGUAUGAAGAAUGUAGCGACUUAACCGAUCAUGUGAUGAUGUGCCUUGGUAGUUUGUUUGCUAAUGAUUCUGAUCUUAAAAUACCGGAUACAACACUUCAACUGUUGGUUGCCUUAGUUUGGCGUUACAUUUAUAAAUCUGACAAAAAGAAUUCUAACCUGUUUUAUAGCCGACUUAUUCUUAAUUAUUGUAGUCGUUAUAUUUCUAUCAAACGAAAGCAUGAUCAUUAUAGUGUUAAAAGUAACAAUCCUGCUUUUGUGGAAAUUGAUCUUGCAUCACGAUCGAAAUAUUGCUUUGUAAAUUAUGAAAACCGUCUACAGGUUCGAAACGAUACUUGGACUUUUGAAUCUGUUAGGGCAACAUAUGGUGUACCUGCACUUGAUAAAAGCGAGGAGGGAAAAGAUCAUAAGUAUGCUUUUGAAGUAAAACUAGAAUCAAGUGGAUUAAUGCAAAUUGGUUGGGCUACUGAGCACUUUCAAUGUGAUCCAGAAGGUGGUAAAGGUGUAGGUGAUGAUACCCAUUCCUAUGGCUAUGAUGGUAAUCGAUCAAAAAAAUGGCAUGGCCGUUAUACCAGCUUAAGGACAUCAUAUGGUCUUAAAUGGACUGAAGGUGAUAUUAUUACAUGCGCUAUUGAUAUGGAUGCAGGUGAAAUUCGAUAUUAUAAAAAUGGAAAAGAUAUGGGUGUUGCAUUUUAUGGUGUUUUAGUUUCUCGUUCAUGGUAUCCGGCUGUAUCAUUAGCUACAGGGCAGCAAUGUAAAUUUCAGUUUGGAGGAUCUAUAGACCCAUUAAAGUAUCUUCCCGAUGGAUAUAUACCUAUAGCAUCUUUAGUGCCUAAUUCUGUUAUAAAUAUAGAAGAAAUUCCACUUCCUAGCCUUAUUAAAUCUUAUGAAGAAAAGGGUAUAAUUACAGAAGGUGUAGAUAGUGCAUCUAAUGACAAAAUUGAUGAUGAAGGACCGAUAGAUGAUAUAUCCAAUACAUCUACAUCUCUUGGACUAUUAGAUGAGAAUAUCUUACAUGUUGAGAUGUCAAACAAUAUAUAUUCUAGACCAUCACCUUCACUCUAUUUUGAAGUAAAGAUUGGUUAUCUUCCUAAUGAUCAAAACAGUGAAUCAUCUUUUCAUUACUUAGAAAGCUCAAUUAUGUUUGGUUUACAAAGUUUAGCACCAAAUACAAGUAUCUAUUUCGAAUACAUUUCAAAUAAAAUGAUAUGCUAUUUGGAACUGGACAGUGUAAAGUAUCAGUCAAAGCCCUUCGAGCUUUGUAUCCAAGACGGUGAUAAUUUAGGCAUGUUUUACAUUGAAAAGACUAAUGAAAUAGGAUUAACCGUGAACGGUAACGUUAGAGUGUUUAUUGCUUUGAAUAAAAAACUAGAGACCAGAGCCUAUAUUCCAUUUAUAUAUGGGCCUAUAAGAAGUGAGAUUGUUUAUGGAGAAGCAGCCUUUAUGUGGGAUUUAGCAAACAAAAACUUAUUCAAAGAAUCUAUAUCUAACUAUUUCCUUAAUUUACUCGGAAAUAGAGAGAAGAAGGUUUGCUAUUUUUAAUUGCGGGGAAGGACUUUUAAAAAAAAAAUCGUGACUUUCGUUCAGUAUUAUUAUUGUGUAAACUGGAUUCCUCACCCCUCCCCGCUCUUUUUAAACCUUGUACGUUAUACGUUAAAUAAAAACCCAGGUUCAAUCUUUAUUUUA